CUGGUUAAUAUUGAGUGGAAGUAGUGAGCUACAGUGUUUACUAUAAUUUACUUUAAAUAGUAGUUAAUAGUGCCUUUAAAUUCCACUUUGAUUAGAAAUAUGAGUGUUCAUGGAGUGUUUCUUCUGUCCAUCUGGAUGCUGUGUCCUUCAUUACUGAUGUCCUAUCAAGCUCCUGAAGAUAAAGAGGACAUCUUCACUACCAGAGCAUGUCCUGCUCUUCUGGUCUUUGAAAGUGUGGCCUAUCUGGAGGACAUGACCAUAGAGCUGCCCUGCCACUGUAAGCCAGAGAAGGUGCUCUCGGUGGUGUGGUACUAUCAGAAAUAUCUCGGCAUGAUGGACACCAAGGUGCUCACCGACUUCUCAGGCACUGCCAUAGUGGACUCGUCCAAAGUUGGGAGAGAUCUGGAGCUACGAAAUCGCUUCUCCAUCAGACUAUUCAGCCUUAUCGUCUUCAGGGUGCAGGAGGGAGACUCUGGGCAUUACGUCUGCGGCACAGCUUCAGGAGAGUUCUUCUACGGCUACGAUGUGGACAUCCAGGUGGUCCGUGAAGUGCUUUUUCCUUGGAACCUGGUUCCAUUAAAGCAAAAACAAGCCUCAGAAGCUAAGGAGAAUGUCAACACACCUUUCCAGGUGUUCACAAGCUACUGGCCUUGGUCCCUCUGCGACCGCUGUGGUGUGAAAGGAGAACAGACCCGAGUUGGACUGUGUUAUGUCAUGAGCCAACACCUACAGGUGAGAUAUCUUCGCCAGUCGAGCAACGUGACCUCUUGCGGUUCCUCAGCAGUUCCUCUAAGGUUUGGCCUUGCUAACAGUCAUCACAGAGCAGAGCUGGUUGUAAGAAGCUGCCACACUCCUUGUCCUAAAAAAGCUACAACCGUGAGCCCAGAGCGCAAGGGCCUGCUAGACUUUCUCGGUUAUGGUGACCCAGAAUCUCCUGGGCUUUCUGUUCACUACCAUAACCAUCCUGUAGGCUCAGAUCUGGUGCUUUCCUGCCCUGGGAUGAAACCCCAGCACGCAGUGGCCUGGGAUAAAGGCUCCACCCCACUUUACCGCUCUGAGUUUAUGGAAGGUCUGAAGAAGAGCUCACGUAUGUUUAUCGACGUUGGUCACCACCUGCACAUCAGGCUUGUCCAUCUAAAGGAUAAAGGCUCCUACUUCUGCUGGAUUCAAGGCAAAAAGGCUGCUGAGAUCAAGCUCGGGGUGUAUUCACGCGUGGGCCGAAUGCGCAGAAUCUCGGACCCAGAGGCUCUCUUCAUCCUCAAGAACAUCCUGAAGGUCUACGCUCUCCUCACUGCUGUGUUUCUGCUCAUAAUAUCAGUCAGAUUCAUUUGGCAGGUGCGCAAUGAACGAAGAGCCUCCUUCCACUAUUACUAGGAAUAUGACUGAUCGUCUAAUAAAUACAUCACAUUUUUUUUAUUGGUUGACAUGUGCUAAAAUGUAUCUAUUCAUUACAUUAAACAUGAUGCUUUUA